UCUCUCUCUCAGAAGGAAGCUGGUGCGAGCGGGGAGGGGGGGAGGGGGGGCGGUGGGGAUGCACAGCAUAGCGAGGGAGAGAUUGCGCAUGUUGGUCAGUCCUGUUUUAAAGAGUACUGUACCGGGAGGCAGAGAGGGGAGGCAUGUAAACAACAACUUUUAGAAGGAUGAAGAAAAUGGGGACCAGAGAAAGGAAAGGAUGUGUUCAAAGACACACAUACAGCUAGUGAUAGAACCAGGAUGGCCUUACCUACCAACUCCACUUAUUGAGAAAAUGGAAGAAAAGAGGCGAAAAUACUCCAUCAGUAGUGAUAACUCUGACACCACUGACAGUCACAUCACCUCCAAUUCAAGAUGUUCCAAGAUUCCCACCAACAAGCCCAGUUGGCCCAAGCAAAAAGAGAAGAAGCCAUCAGAGGUAUUCCGGACAGACCUGAUCACAGCCAUGAAAAUCCCAGACUCCUAUCAGCUCAGCCCGGAUGAAUACUAUAUCUUGGCAGAUCCCUGGCGGCAGGAGUGGGAGAAAGGUGUGCAAGUGCCAGCAGGCACAGAGGCUAUCCCUGAGCCUGUGGUGAGGGUCCUCCCUCUGCUGGAACAUACCCUUGGCCAGAUCUCCCUGAGCAGCCCCUCUGGCUCUGAGCUCAGCGAGGUCACCAGAUCCUAUUCCCGCUAUGACCUGGAUGAGAUUGACGCAUACUGGCUGGAGCUUGUCAACUUAGAGCUAAAGGAGAUGGAAAAGCCAGAGUUGGACGAGAUGACCAUGGAGAGAGUGCUAGAAGAGCUGGAGACUCUGUGCCACCAAAACAUGAACAUGGCUAUCGAGACAGAGGAAGGACUGGGCAUUGAGUAUGAUGAGGAUGUCGUGUGUGACGUAUGCCGCUCACCAGAGGGCGAGGACGGCAACGAGAUGGUGUUCUGUGACAAGUGCAAUGUGUGUGUUCAUCAGGCCUGCUAUGGAAUCCUCAAAGUCCCCACGGGAAGCUGGCUUUGCCGGACCUGUGCCCUGGGUGUCCAACCCAGAUGUCUGCUCUGCCCCAAAAGAGGGGGAGCCCUAAAACCAACACGAAGUGGGACCAAAUGGGUACAUGUCAGCUGUGCCUUGUGGAUACCUGAGGUCAGCAUUGGAUGCCCAGAGAAAAUGGAACCAAUUACUAAGAUUUCACAUAUCCCUGCAAGCCGAUGGGCCCUGUCCUGUAGUUUGUGCCGGGAAUGUAUGGGGACAUGUAUUCAGUGUUCCAUGCCAUCCUGCAUCACUGCGUUCCACGUCACAUGCGCCUUUGACCAUAACCUGGAAAUGAGGACUAUAUUAGCUGAUAAUGAUGAAGUGAAAUUCAAGUCUUUCUGCCUGGAGCAUAGCAGUGGGGCUCCUAAGGCCCCUGAGGAGGCCCGAGGAGUAAGGGGAGAGGCUGGCUCUGUGUCUGAGCCCAGUGAGGCUGCCUUGGACUUGGAAAAGGUGACCAUGAGGAAACAAAAGCUGCAGCAGCUGGAAGAGGCCUUUUAUGAGCUUGUGAAACCUGAAGAAGUAGCAGAGAACUUGGACCUUUCUGAGACACUUGUGGAUUUUGUCUACCAAUACUGGAAGCUGAAGAGGAAAUCUAACUGCAACAAGCCACUCUUGACCCCUAAAACCGAUGAGGUGGACAAUUUAGCUCAGCAAGAACAGGACAUCCUAUAUCGGCGGCUCAAGCUGUUCACACACCUUCGGCAGGACCUGGAGCGAGUUAGAAAUCUGUGCUACAUGGUGACAAGGCGAGAGAAAAUGAAACACUCCAUCUGCAAACUUCAGGAACAAAUAUUCCACCUUCAGAUGAGACUUAUUGAAAAGGAUCUUUAUCGAGAACAACCUGGGAAGAGAAGCAAGGGGAAGAAGAAUGACUCCAAAUGGAAAGGAAGGGAUAGCAGGAAGGCCAGUCCUGAAAAGAAAGAAAAAAUGAAGCCAAGCAAUGAGUUGGUCCUAGGGCAGCUUGGUUUGUCCACCUCUUUCCCCAUUGAUGGAACCUUCUUCAACAGCUGGUUGGCCCAGUCAGUACAGAUCACUACAGAGAACAUGGCCAUGAGUGAGUGGUCUCUGAACAAUGGGCACCAUGAAGACAACACGUCUGGGCUCCUCUCUGAGGAGCUGCUCCAGGAUGAAGAGACCCUGCUGAGUAUCAUGAUGGACCAUUCCCUGAAGUCUCCCUUCAAGCACAGUGACCCCACCAAGAAGGUCCCAAGCAAAGCAAGGCCAGCAAAUAAGAAGAAAGUCCCUGGGGAUGGCCUUAGCUCCCUGCUCUCAGAUCACCCAGAGGACUCUGGUCAGCGGACUUCCCCACCAGAGCAUACCAUGAAACCCUUGAACCAUGACUCUGGGAACAGCAAAACCACUCAUGGGGCCACCAGGAUAUCUAUAGAUCGCAAAGGAGCCAGUGGGGAAGUUCGGAAGACCCCCAAAAGGGGAUCUUCUCACCACUCUCCCAGCCCCAAAGCUCAUGACCCCAAUGUCCUGGCAGGCUCAAGGAGCUCUCCACAUGAAGACAGGGAGACUGUAGGCGCAACUCCGCUUGAGACUAACAGCCUGUUUCAAGUGCCUGGCUCGUUGGGAAGUCCUAAAACAGUAGGGAGGUUCAGAUUGCCAAAGGAGGGCAAAGAGACUAGGAAGCUGCCACAUCCAAAGCCCGAGGCAAUGAACAGACCUUCAAAGGGGGAAAGGCCAAAGGUCACCUUGCACUUUGACAAUGAGACCGAUGGUUACUUCUCCGAUGCGGAAAUGAGCGACUCUGACUCCGAGCCAGGGAGUGGCAGGGUUCAGCUAAGCCAGAAGGAUUCGGGAAACGAGGAAGUAGUCAGAAUGAGCGUUUUGGCAUCCUAACUCAACCAGAUAACCAACUGUGACAGUUCUUAAGAGGCCUAAACCCAGUUACAACUGCCAUUUUCAAUUUCUUCCUGGUAUCAUAUAACAAAGGGGUUCCAUUCUUGGCAGGGUGGGAGUUUUCAUUUGUUUUAUAUAUAUAGUUUAAAAUAGAGUACUGUUGUCUUUCUCUCCUCUGUAUGCUGGACAAUAGGACAUAAAAGCUUCCACUCCCCUGACCUGGGUGACAAGAGUCAUCCCUUUUAAUAAUUUAACCCAAUGAAGCAAAAUGCUAGUCACAGACAUUCAGGGACUGGGGGUUCUGACCCCAUUUGGGGUAGCCCAAGGCAUCAAUAACAAGAGGUCUAAUAUUGCCAGUACCCAUUGUUUCUGCAGGGAUGACAGUCUUAUGGGCAUUAUUUCAAGGCAAAGACAAGUAAACUCAUUUCCUGCUUUGCCCAGGGUUCAACAUCCAGUCCAAAGGCUGGGUCAGGAGUCAGGUUCCAGGAGUAUAGCUGAACCCCUCUCCACAGCAAGGCAACACCCUCCAACAUCCAAGGAAGUAGAAUAAGCGAAACCUAAUACAGAACUAAUUUUUCUAAAGCACAAAGAGCUUAUUUGAAGAAAGCACUUAAGGGUGGGGGGAAAUACUCCUUUAACAGAAGCCUUGUCAAUUUGUUUCUCUUACCUUUUCCAGUUCAGUCUGCUUCCAUGCUAGGGCUGAGGGCCAACCCUUCAGCCAGCCACUCCUUUCUUCCCAGCACUGUGCCUGAAUGGCCAUAGGAAUUAAGAAGAGGGGAAAAAACAUCCCACAGACCAGGUUGCCAGCCCUUAGCUUCAAGACACUCAGGUGAAUCCAUUAGCCAAAUGGGAGCAGGGAGGGGGCUGGGCAAAAAGGUCAAGGCAUUCACUUUGCAAAACAGGAAAAGAAUAAACAUUUAAAACUUGAAUGUGUUAACUGUAAAAGCAAAGUCUUCUUCCUGGAACAGGUGACAGCUAAAGCCUCCUUGUAGUCCCUGUCCAGCACAUUGGAAAGCAAAUCAGAUCGUUGGUCUUAUAGCAAUUUCCAGUCUUACUCAGACUACAAGUUUCUUCCUUCUUUUUUGUUUUUGUUUUGGGAAAACGCUCCUACCUACAAGCCUGUGAACUCCUUGGGGAAAUAGAAUGGGGAGGGUUGAUUUAUCGAAGUCAGUAUUCUAAAACCACAAGAUUUUCAUGCAAAGAAAUGCCCCUUCUAAGCCUUAAAAGUUUUUUAAAAACCCACGAUGAUACCUAUGAGUCAGGCAGGUUUCUGUGUUUGCACUUAACCCACCCCAUCAUUUCAGUUCUGGCUUCCAAGGUCACAGUUGAUUUGCGCUAAUGUAUUUGGUUGGAGUGACCCCAGGGUGAUUGACAGCUCAGGGAACAAAAACAACAACAAAAUUCAGUGAGACUUUUUUUUUUAAUUUUUAAUUUUUAAGAAUUACACCUGGGACACUUCUUCAACUGGCAAAACCAGAACUUUUCAAACAAGAACCUUGCAAAUGUCAAAUGAAUCAGUUGAAUAAUUUUGUGGAUGCCAAAGAAUCUUUUGACAAUAACACAGCAGCACAGCCUGGACCCAGAAAUUGGUCACUUGGAUUUUUAUUUUAAAGAAAUGGAGCUAUUUGGCAACAAAGGAGUUAGAAAUACAUUCAUAGCAUGUAACCAAGACAUCAAAAUCCAAGCUUUCUGCAAAGGAUGCUUUUUUUUUCUCCCUUUCUUUCUUUGCCACUGGAAUGGCACAGACCCCUGGUGUUUUGAUUUCUGAUGCUUGGCGUAGUCCAUUCUGAACUUUCUCAGACUCACAGAUUGGGGAGAAACUGACAAUGAAACCAGCAAAGAAAAGUCCUGGUUUCCAAUCGUGUGGUUCACCCACAAACCAGGAGAGUGAUGAUUGAUUGAAAACAUGGUUAAAUCCUGACUCUUCACAAUAAAUCUGCCACCAAGUGUGCAUUGACUGCACAUUUGUUGGCCUUUCAGUAAAUUUCAUGUGGGUCUUUAAAGCCAAAAAAAAGUCAACAUUGCAAAUUGAUCUCCAACUUUUGUGGAAUCUAGGAGAGAGAAUUAAUGGAUUCAGAAGGUUCAGUGUGUUCUGAUAAUGUUAAACACAAUAAUAGGAUUUAGUUUUAUCUUCAACAGGCUUGGUAGGCAUUAGUACCGUAUUCUAGUAUAAUGAGUCAAAACAAUAAUCAAUCUGCUGCCUUUUAAUGGACCUUGCUUCCGUGUACUUCAGUUCACCUAUGAUUAGCAAACCGUCUCACACAAAUCCCUGUACACAGCUUCAUUGACCUGCAACCUCAUUUCUUGCCUGAUCCAUAUCGGACACUCAAAAGGGACAGACUUAAAGAACAACCAAAAGUAGCAGCUAGGCAGCUUGGGGUUUUGUGGGAGAUGGGGAUGAAGGUGGGUUGCAGAGGAGGAAUAGAUUUCCAAGGAACUUGGGGAUGUCCUAGAUCUUAUGUAAUGUUAUAUAUAUAUUUUCUGGGGAGCUAGAGGAUGCUUCUCUAUUUGGGAGCCAAAGGGAGUGGGAUGUUAUAUGUGAGAACCAGUUCUACUUGGAGGAUUUGGAAGCCUCAGAUAUUAGAAACUUCAUGGAUAAAGGAGUGUAGAGAGGUGGAAAGAGAAUCUAGAUCAAACUAUGGUACCAGGACUGGUACCAUCUCUUAGAUUGGUGGCAACACUUCCUUAAGGCACUAGGGCCAGAGAAGGGUUUGCUCCCAUUCCUUGCCCAACUAAACUCAUGUAGGAGGAAAGGGAGGAUCAAUCAGGAUGUGGCCUUGUUCUUAGAAUUCGGUCUAAGCUACUUUGUUUUGCUUAACUUAAUAAAGUUAUCAAAUGAAAGAAAACAUUUUGGAAGCAGAAUAACGUGUAAGUGAGAAGAAAGGGGUAUAACUCCUGAAAUCAACCUCUGCCUCUAUUUCCAGCUCCAAACUGGUUUCUUGACCCUGAACAUAGGAAUGUACUUUGUCCCUCUCUUGUCAAAUGUUAUGUUCUCUUCAUCUUCCCUUCAUUGUAGUAGGGGGCAUCUCACUAUAGCAAAGGUGAAAAUAGGAAUAGCAUUAGGGCAGUAGGGGGAAAGGAGCAAAUGGAUUUUUACGUGAAUUUUAAGCAAAAGACCCCCUAAUAUCCAGUUACAAAGUUGAAGUAACUAUCACCAUUAAUCCCUUCCAGAAACUCUUGUAUGUUUAUUACAUGUCCUUCCCUUCAGUAAUUCACAUUGGCCAAGAUGGAAUGCUAGUAUUUCUAUUGUCAUGUAGUCCAUCGUUCCCUCCAUUUUGCUUCCCCCUUCCCCAGGACUGCUCCAUUAUAACACUCCCAGGACUUUAGACUGGUGCCUCCCCCCACGCUCUCCUCUAUAGUCUUCCCAGGUGAGGAAAACUUGAAAAUAUUUUUGGUACUAUAAAUGUAUUUUGAAAUGAACUAAAAAAUACAGAGGUUUGAAUGGUUUAUUUUAUUAAAUGAGCUUUGACUUCUAGAUACUUUAUGAAUUGCAAGAGUUAAUGUUUGCACUAUAAAAGACUUUGUAUCCUUUAAAAAGCCACACCAAAAUUCAAGGGUGGAGGAAGAGUUGAAGAGAGGUGGUGGAGGUGGGUUUAUAUGUGUAUGAAUACCAGGUGAAUCAAUGGCACCAGUGGAAGACUCACUUAACUUUAUGUGAAAAUCAGUUUCCUAGGCCCCCUACCCACCCUACUCCCACCAUUAAAGAUUUCCUUAGAACCUUUUGUGUGGCUUAGACUGGAGUUCCCACGGAAUAGAUAGCUUGGUAUCUGUCUGUCUAGGAGUCUAGGUUAGCACCUGUGAGAAGAAAUGCUGGCAGUGAUUUGAAUUCCCCAUCCCUUCUAGCACAAGGAAGAAUGAGCCAUUUGGUCCUGAUUGAGCUGCUACCAUGGAUUGGGUUUGGAGAAUAUGUGAGUUAGAGCUCUGGGGGAGUACCCUCAGGAUCGCUUAGCAAAUUGGUUUUGGCCAAUGCCAGAAAGCCUCAGGAGAUUUAGCAUUCUGUUGCCAGGACAACGUCAUCUUUGGUUGUUCUUUAAGGAAAUCCCCACCAACUUUAUUCCCUUUAACAUAAAAUCUGCUCCACAUCAGUGAUGGGAAAUGAUAUGAAUGUCACAGGAGGAGAGCCUUCUGUUUUCUUUGUUUCAAAGAAAGUGAUGUGCCAUUUAAUAUAAAAGAGAAAUAUUGAAAAUAUAUUGAAAAGAGCAAUUUUAAAUUAUUUUUGGCUUAUGUUGCAAUAUUUAUUUUCUUGUAUUAGAAAGAUUCCUUUGUAGAGAAAAAAUGUAUUUUUCAUUAAUGCAAAGACCUAUUUCUCCUUUUUGUACAUUUUCCAUGUUAGGCAAUCCUUAAAGCAAUAGAAUGUACCCAACUCGUUCUGUGUGGCCAUGUAAUGCAUGCUGUUUGUGUUGCCUUGUGAUAACGCUGUCUGCCAGCAUUGCCAUCAUGUUCAAAUUCCGUGUAUGCUUUAAAUACACAUGGGGACCAUGGCCUAUAGCUUAUGGAAAACCUUCGCAUUCCUCAGUGUGUUGGCAAAUGCAGUCAAUAAAGCAAUGUUUUCUGUGUACAUCA